AACAAUAUGACCCAUGAACAGUGGAGAAAUGUAACAAGACCCAAGAUUUAUGGGUUAUGGAUUCUCCAUCAUCUCUUGUCUCCCAAUAUACAGUUUUUUGUCAUGCUCGGCUCUAUCACAGGCAUUGUUGGCAAUCGCACUAAGGUCAAUUCUACAUCUGGCAAUACCUACCAGGAUGCUCUCGCUCAUUAUCGUCGAAGCAAGGGCCGUCCAGCCGUCAGUGUGGAUCUUGGACUAAUGAUAGUUAGGCAUCGGGCUCAUUGCUAA